AUGCUCUCCUACCUUUCAGUGAAAGAGUUUCUAGCUAAAGCCAAAGAAGAAUUCCUCAAGAAAUGGGAAAAUCCACCUCAGGUACCUCAAGUUCUGGAUCUAUAUGAAAGACUCAAGACUCUAGGCACUGGUUCCUUUGGUCGAGUGGUACUUGUGAAGAGCAAGGAAUCGGGGAACUUCUUUGCCAUGAAAAUCCUUGAUAAACAGAAGGUGGUGAAGCUGAAACAAAUAGAACAUACCAUGAAUGAGAAGCGAAUCCUGCAAUCCAUCAGCUUCCCAUUCCUCGUCAAAUUAGAAUGCGCCUUCAAGGACAACUCAAACCUAUACAUGGUGAUGGAGUAUGUCGCAGGUGGGGAAAUGUUCUCACACCUCCGGCGGAUUGGGAGGUUCAGUGAGCCUCAUGCCCGCUUCUAUGCAGCUCAGAUUGUCCUGACUUUUGAGUACCUUCACUCACUGGACCUGAUCUACCGGGACCUGAAGCCCGAGAACUUGCUCAUUGACCAGCAGGGCUAUAUCCAGGUAACAGAUUUUGGUUUUGCCAAGCGAGUGAAAGGCCGAACCUGGACCUUAUGUGGGACUCCUGAAUACCUGGCUCCUGAGAUCAUCCUUAGCAAGGGCUAUAACAAGGCUGUGGAUUGGUGGGCCCUAGGCGUUCUGAUCUAUGAGAUGGCAGCAGGCUACCCCCCCUUCUUUGCUGACCAGCCCAUCCAGAUAUAUGAAAAGAUUGUCUCUGGGAAGGUGCGAUUCCCUUCUCACUUCAGCUCAGACUUAAAGGACCUGCUUCGGAAUCUACUCCAAGUGGACCUCACCAAGCGCUACGGGAACCUCAAGAAUGGUGUCAAUGACAUCAAGAACCACAAAUGGUUCGCCACCACUGACUGGAUCGCCAUCUACCAGAGGAAGGUGGAAGCUCCCUUUAUACCAAAGUGCAAAGGCCCAGGUGACACAAGUAAUUUUGACGAUUAUGAGGAGGAGGAGCUCCGGAUCUCCAUCAGCGAGAAGUGCCCCAAGGAGUUUGCUGAGUUCUAAUGGUGU